AUGGCGCCUAGACUCUCGAAACUUCGUCGAAACGAGCUUCAAAGCAUUUUAUUGAGUAAACUUAACGGUGACGAGGCAAUCAAGGACCAAGAGAUAGCUAGAACCGUGAUCAACUGCGGCGAGAGAUCCGUGCGUAGAGCCCGCUCCAACAUUAUCCGACAUGGAACGAUCGAUGCCCCAUCCAAGCCCGUCGGCCGACCGAGGGAGAUUACAGAGAACAUGAUGCUAGCAUUGCAAGCAAAGCUGCUAGACCGUGCUAGCAUGAGUCACCAAGCGCUCCUCGAUGGCGUUCUUUACUGCGAAGUAUAUGAUGGCCAUACGGACUUGGACUUCUUCGAAGGGUAUCUCCUCAGACUGCUGCCAUACCUAGGGAGGUACCCCGGACCGCGAUCGGUGAUCUUCAUGGAUAAUGCCUCAUUCCACAACGUUUCACUCGAGGUUCAAGCCACCCUCGCCGAAGCGGGUGUUUUGCUGGUUAUGCAGCCGCCUUACUCACCCGAUUUAAACCCGGUAGAGUAUUUUUUUGGUUCACUCAAGCAGCACAUUGCCGCCCGAGCUUUAGAGCACGAGGAUCUUAUCAAAGCCGACUUCAAGUCGUAUCUGCGCAUGCAAAUAAAUAUAUUGGGUCGAGGUAAGACCGGGAGGAGAUGGGCGCGAGGUCACUUCAGAAAGGCUCAAAUCUACGUUUGA